GAGGCCGCACAGCGACUCAUCUUCAGAGUCUUCCUGGCCUCCUAUCUCCCAGCUGUUCCCCAAGGCAUUGAGGACGCUGCACAGGUCGACCGGCACACGCUUCAAUGGCCAGCACGAACGUUUGGUCUGACUUUGACGCUUUGCGACACAACGUCAAGUCGAACACCGUUGAGCGUCUCAAACAGAUCCUCACCGGCUUUAACGAGGAGUGCCUAGCCAACUGCACAAAGUCGGGCAAGAAACAGGACCUCAUUGACCGCAUUACGCGAGAAAUGGAAGGAUGGAGGGCGAACAACAGUGUAGACAAGUGGGUGAAGGGACGGGCGAUUAUCAACCAAGUACGGACUGCCGGCUGCUACACACCGCAACGGUCAGCCGAGCAUUCAUACUCUGCCGCUCCGUCGAGCCAUGCAUAUCCAGUAGGCGGAAGUCAUAGCAGUUACCCAUCUGGCUCUUCUUCUAGCUCUGGUACCAUCCCGCGUUACGAUCCUUAUGCACCUCCGCGUCGACCCAACGUACCCGCGCCAUCCACACCCGCCGCCGCGGCCGUCCCACCUCUAGCAAUCAAAUUCAGCCCUUCUCCCUUCUUCAAAGUGGAGCGGGCCGUCUCAGCUAUCGUAGAAUGCCCAGAAUCCACGAGCUCAAUGGACCGGAAGCAACAGUCUUUGAACUUCACCAUCACCAAUGACAUUCUUGCAAAAUUGAACUCGACAAGUCCGAAGUAUCAGCUCCGUCUCUACUGCACAUCCUCCCAGCACUACUCUCCCUCGGCUUUCCGGUCAUCCACCAAUCCAUGUCUCAUCGAAUUUCCACCGACUUGCGAAGUCAGGGUGAACGGCGUGGCGUUGACUGCAAACCUGAAGGGCAUGAAGAAGAAGCCGGGGACUGCUCCACCGCCAGAUAUCAUGAAAAAUCUGCGCACGCAGAACGGCGCAUCAAAUCGCAUUGAAAUGGUCUAUGUCAACAGCCAGCAGCCAGUUUACAACAAGAAAUAUUAUCUUGCGAUCAUGUUGGUGGAAACCACUACCGUCGAACAGCUGAUUGAUCGGCUCAAGAAGGGCAAGUACAAGAGCAGCCAAGAGAUAUUUGAAAAGAUGAAUCAGGCAGCCAAUGCAGAUGACGAUAUCGUCGCAGGUCAUCAAAAGAUGUCACUCAAGUGUCCGCUGAGUUAUAUGCGCAUAUCGACGCCUUGUCGGUCAUCGAAAUGUGUUCAUUCGCAAUGUUUCGAUGCGUUCUCAUGGUAUUCCGUCAUGGAACAGACGACGACAUGGAUGUGUCCUGUCUGCGAUAGAGUUCUCAACGUAGAUGAUCUGAUAGUCGAUGGAUACUUCGACGAGAUCCUGCGUUCGACAUCCGAAGAGUUGGAGGACGUGAUAGUGGAAGCAGAUGGUCAGUGGCAUUCCGAGGACAACAAGUAUGGGUCUGCGGAGUGGAAGGCAUCCCAUCCAGAAACCAAGCCUAUUCCACCUGUUCAGGCUGCCGUACCCACCGCUCCUCGAUCACCGCCAAAACCAACAGCGAAGGGUACCAACGGACAUGGCCAGCCCCCACCAAGUGACGCCGAGAUUGUGAUCCUGGACUCCGACGACGAGGAUGAAGGCCGGGUGAAGAGGGAGUUGUCCCCGUCAAACGAGCUACACGCGUCGUCUUUGAAGACUGUCCCGGCGGACGUCAUUGACUUGACGCUGGAUUCGGACGACGAUGAACCCCCUCCUCCGGCGAAGAAGAGGAAGGUGCCAGAUGACCAACUGCCCUCGCCUACAGAGCAGAUCUGGAAGAAAUCCCGGUCGGAAGCCUCAUCCCCGCCAGCGAGCGUCACCAGUGGGUCGUCUAACUGGAGCUAUCCAGCGGCCUUGCCUCCGCGACCGGUCGCGAACGGCUCAUCUGUCUCGGCGCGUUAUGCGUCGUCGUACGCGCCCUCUAGCCCGUACCCUGGUUAUCAUGCUCCUCCCCCCGCGUCUGCUUCUGCACGUCGACCGCCUCAGUACGCGCCGGGAUCGCCAGAUUGGCUUUAGCGGGCAUUCUCGAUUCGAUAGUAACUCAUACUGUACCGCGUUUCUUCGGUUUGUAGGGUCGUAGUUUACUGUCUAUCCCUGUGUAUUACAGCCUAGUUUUUCAGACGCGUGGACGUCGUAAUGUUCAUGGUGGAAUAUCGCUGAAA